GGGUGGACUCCUAGCAGCUUCCGGUUUAGCUCCCGCCCGGUCCGCCAUCUUGGAUGGACAGAGAGGAGGAAAAAAAAAAAAAAAAAGGGAGGAGGGAGGAGAAGGUAGAGCGAGCUGUAUAGAGAGGACGGGAGGAGGGGGCUGUAUGAUGCUCCCUAUAGACUGGCACUGAUCCGGGCACCUAUAGGCACACACUCCUCUGCAGGGUACACUGGGGGUCGCUGAUGGUGGUCGUGCACAUCAUGUAGGCUGCACCUAUACAGGGGGAGAUCCGGGCUGUGUACAUCAGGCUCCAUAUUGGGCUGGAGAUAGCAGUGCAGCCUCACACAGGCCCCAUGUAUGGGGGGGCUCCCUUCAUAGUCGCCCAUUACAUUGCCUUGGCACGGAAGAGACAGACUGAACGCCCGUUGGUCACCACCAGACCGCCCUACGUGGCCGCAGAGAGGGGCUGACCUCCGCGGUUGGGGCGGUGGCGCUGGCACACUCGCUUAUGUCCACAGAGACCGCCAGGGAGACAGGAACAGGGGGGCGCGCUGCCCGGGGAGCCAGCAUGGGGGGCCACAGACAGACGAUGGUGCCCCGCACCCACUGAGAGCGGCCCGAGCGCCCAGGACCGCCCCACGCCACUACACACCUUCAGCCUCAGUGGGUCCGUCCUCCAUCGGGAGUGGUGGCGGCGGCAUCCCGUGGGGGGUACCCCCUGGCUCUCGUCAUGCCGUCCAACGCCCGGGCAGGCAGCCUGAAGGACCCUGAAGUAGCGGAGCUCUUCUUCAAAGAUGAUCCAGAGAAACUCUUUGCCGACCUGCGGGAGAUUGGGCACGGCAGCUUUGGUGCUGUCUAUUUUGCCCGAGACAUCCGGAAUAAUGAGGUCGUCGCCAUUAAGAAGAUGUCUUAUAGUGGCAAGCAGUCCAAUGAGAAAUGGCAGGACAUCAUAAAAGAAGUAAAAUUCCUCCAAAAACUGCGACAUCCCAACACUAUAGAAUAUAAAGGAUGUUACCUACGGGAGCACACAGCCUGGUUGGUGAUGGAGUACUGCCUGGGAUCCGCUUCCGACCUCCUGGAGGUACAUAAGAAACCCCUCCAGGAGGUGGAGAUCGCUGCUAUUACCCAUGGUGCACUCCAGGGCCUGGCCUACCUCCACGCACACAACAUGAUCCACAGAGAUGUGAAGGCUGGUAAUAUCCUCCUGACAGAGCCGGGGUUGGUGAAGUUGGGUGAUUUUGGCUCCGCUUCCAUUGUGGCUCCAGCUAAUUCCUUUGUGGGAACGCCAUACUGGAUGGCUCCGGAGGUGAUUCUGGCCAUGGACGAAGGGCAGUAUGAUGGGAAGGUGGAUGUGUGGUCCCUUGGGAUCACUAGCAUUGAGUUAGCUGAACGGAAGCCCCCGCUGUUUAAUAUGAAUGCUAUGAGUGCCUUAUACCACAUAGCUCAGAAUGAGUCUCCUGUCCUGCAAUCCAAUCACUGGUCUGAAUAUUUCCGGAAUUUUGUUGAUUCGUGUCUUCAGAAAAUCCCCCAAGAUAGACCAAGCUCUGACAUUCUGCUUAAGCAUCGCUUCCUGCAAAGGGAAAGGCCACAAACCGUCAUCAUGGAACUAAUCCAGCGCACAAAAGACGCCGUGAGGGAGCUCGAUAACCUGCAGUACCGCAAGAUGAAGAAGAUCCUCUUCCAGGACACCCAGAAUGGGCCCAACACCGAGACCACAGAGGAGGAGGAGGAGUCUGAGCAGUUCCUCCACUGCACGGGUACAAUAACCAGCAUGGAGAGCAGCCAGUCUGUGCCCAGCAUGUCGAUCAGCGCCAGCAGUCAGAGCAGCUCGGUGAACAGCCUGGCCGAUGCUUCGGAUGACAGCGGAGAGAUGGCCAUGAUGCAGGAGGGAGAGCACACGGUGACCUCCAACAGCUCCGUCAUACACCGGCUGCCGACUCACGACAACAUAUACGAUGAUCCGUACCAACCCGAAAUGGAGGCUCAGCAGUCCUCCUCCGCCGCUCGGAGAAGGGCGUAUUGCCGCAACAGGGACCACUUUGCCACUAUCCGCACCGCCUCGCUGGUGACGCGGCAGAUCCAGGAACAUGAGCAGGACUCGGCGUUACGGGAACAGAUGUCUGGGUACAAGCGGAUGCGCCGGCAGCACCAGAAGCAGCUUAUGGCCCUGGAGAACAAGCUGAAGUCGGAGCUGGAUGAACACCAGCAGCGCCUGGAUAAGGAGCUGGAGGCCCACAGGAGCAACUUCGCUGCGGAGACUGAUAAGCUGUCCAAGAAACACCAGGCCAUCUUUGAGAAGGAGGCUAAGGCGGCCAUGACUGAAGAAAAGAAGUUUCAGCAGCAUAUCUUGGGCCAGCAGAAGAAGGAGCUGACAAACCUGCUGGAGAGCCAGAAGCGGCAGUACAAGAUCCGUAAGGAGCAGCUAAAGGAGGAGCUGCAGGAAAACCAGAGCACCCCGAAGCGGGAGAAACAAGAAUGGCUGCUUCGCCAGAAGGAGAGUAUGCAGCACUACCAGGCUGAGGAGGAGGCCAACCUGUUACGCCGGCAGCGCCAAUACUUUGAGCUUCAGUGUCGGCAGUACAAGCGCAAGAUGCUCCUGGCGCGGCACAAUCUAGACCAGGACCUUCUGAGAGAGGAGCUGAACAAAAAGCAAACCCAGCGGGACUUGGAAUGCGCCAUGCUUCUGCGGCAACACGAGUGCACCCAAGAGCUGGAGUUCCGGCACCUGCAGAUGUUGCAGCACACCCGCAGCGAGCUCAUCCGCCUGCAGCAUCAGACAGAGCUGGGUAACCAGCUGGAGUACAACAAGCGGCGCGAGCAGGAACUACGGCAGAAACACGCUGCUGAGGUCCGGCAGCAGCCCAAGAGCCUCAAAUCCAAGGAGCUGCAGAUAAAGCGCCAGUUCCAGGACACGUGCAAGAUCCAGACGCGGCAGUACAAGGCGCUGCGCAACCACCUGCUGGAGACCACGCCCAAGAGCGAGCAUAAGAGCAUCCUGAAGAGGCUGAAGGACGAGCAGACACGCAAGCUGGCCAUCCUGGCGGAGCAAUACGACCACAGCAUCAACGAGAUGCUCUCCACCCAAGCCCUCCGGCUGGACGAGACCCAGGAGUCCGAGUACCAGGAGCUGCGGAUCCAGCUGCAGAAAGAACUGGAACUGCUGAACGCCUAUCAGAGCAAGAUCAAGAUCCACACCGAGGCCCAGCACGAGCGCGAGAUCAAAGAGCUGGAGCAGCGCGUGUCCAUCCGCCGGGCACUGCUGGAGCAGAGGAUAGAGGAGGAGAUGUUGGCCCUGCAGAGUGAACGCUCGGAGCGUAUCCGCAGCCUCCUGGAGCGCCAGGCCCGGGAGAUCGAAGCCUUCGACUCGGAGAGCAUGAGGCUAGGUUUCAGCAACAUGGCCCUGACUGGAAUCCCUGCGGAGGCAUUUAAUCAGGGCUAUCCAGCUCCCCCUCCUGGCUGGCCGUCCCGCCCUGUACCUCGCAGCGGCUCACACUGGAGUCACGGCGUGCAAAAUACUGGAGCACCUCAACUAUGGCGCCAACCAACACUACUAGCCCCUCCCUCGUCUUCAUGGGGUCUGCACCCUCCAGGCUCCUCCUCCGCCAUGCCUUCUUCCUCCUCCUCUUCUUCCUCCUCUGCCUCGCCGUCAUCUUCCUCCAGUGGCCGGGCCGGCCUCCUCCUCCUACGUAACAGCCCCCAACCUCUGAGGAGAGGGGCGCCAGGAGGACCCUCGGAGGCGGGGCUGAGCCGCAGCACCAGUGUCACGUCUCAGCUCUCUAAUGGCUCCCAUCUGUCCUACUCCUGAACCCAGGGCCCCUCAGUAACCCCUUCCUGACAGCAGGAGCCCCCCCCCCUCCUUAUACCUAUGAUGAUGACAAUAUGGCGGCUCUCGCCCUCCUCUCUCACGUCCACUCUUGUCGCCCUCCUAAGUUCUCUCUACAAUUCCAGAUACCUUGGGGUUUGUUUUUUUUUGCUUUUUAUUCGGUUCCUGCACUAUAGGACUGCCCCCUCCUCCUCCGUGUACAUAGAACUGCCCUCCCGAUCUUAUUGGUUCCUCUUUCGUUGGUGCGCUGCCCGCGUAUAUUUCACCCGCGUCUGUGGUAGAAGAUCAAUCACUGCUUGUUUUUCUAGCACUUUACUGGGUAAAUGCCUCUAUUAUUAUUAUUAUUAUUAUGAUGAUGAUCUUUUUUGUUUUUUUAGUCCCUUUUAUUAUAUGUUCGGUCGCUGUAUCAUUUUACGAUGUUGUCACUGGGUGGUUCUGAUGGGCGGUUGUGCGUCUGUGUGUACCAUGAGCGUGCGAGAGAUCGGGUGCCUGACAAAAUAUAUAUAUAUAUAUUUUUUUUUUUUUUUUUUGUAAUAGGAAAAAAAAUGUAAAAAUCAUUAAAAACAAAAAAAAGACAAGCUAUUAAGGAAUGUAUUAAAAAUAAUAAAAAACUCCUCAAUAUUCCUGCGGGGCAUCUAGGGCCCCCGGGGCCUCAGUUUCUGUAUUUUUUAUUUUUUUUUUCCAUUGAUUUUAUUUGGGAGGUGAGAAUGAAGCAGGACGGCCGCUCCCGCUGAGCUGUGGGCAUUUCAGGACCUCGCAGAGACUUUACAUUACAUGACAUAUGUUGGAUAUUAAAGUAUUAAACUGGAAUGGAUACUGGCGUCCGUGUCGUG